CACUGUAGAGCUGUGACUCACUUUAGCAAUAAACAGCAUGAAUUAGAUAGGAGCGUCUCACCCCCCCCCCAAAAAAAACUACUGUCGAAGGUUGUAAAUAUUCAACCACACUUUCCUGUCCGUCACCAUGGGUGACGCCCAAUCCAACUCGAACUGUGUUAAAGGGACAGGAAGUGCGAGCCAGAGUCAUAAAGGAGAUUACGGCUGUUGGCGUCAACGAAUAAUUCUACUGUUGCAUGGUGCUCGUCGGAGAGGAAUUUCUUUACCGAAUGUGGUUUUUAUAACCACUGAAACUUCUUCCCACUAAAGUAUUGAAUUUAAGAUAAAGGUAUAACGAUGAACGGUAAAUCGGCGAACGGCACAGCGGGCGGAACACUGGCCUUCAUUGAGGGGCUACCACCACUGCCGAAGAGCCUAAGCGGCUUGCUGAAUUCAAGCGGCGGGUCUUGGAGAGAGAUGGAAAGGAUGUAUGCAAAGAAAACCAUGAUCCAAGACGACCUUAGUCGUGGGCGAAAUAAUUCCGACAAUCUGCUUGCAAAUAAACCGGCCAACCUUGAUGCGGCUUUAGCACUCCUCCGAAAAGAAAUGGUGGGGUUGCGUCAGCAGGAUAUGUCUUUGCUGUGUCAACUCUGGUCCCUUCACGAGUCAAUCCAGGAGUACAAGGGCAGCUGCCAUGACCUCAGCGCCGGGCACGGGAUAGAGAAUGGCUACUUUGAUGAAGAUGAUGAAUACUACCAGGAGACGAGCACAACACCAACUGACCAACCGGAGGGAAGUGAGGCGACAUCUCCCAAAAAUGGGACUAGCAGGGACUCCUGGUUAGGAGACUCUUUCCACAUCACCAUCUGAGAGACUCAAGAGUUGAGCUUGCUUGACUCCACACAUUUGAGGCAAUAUGCUUUUUUUUUUAAAUAAAGAGCUGUGCCAUGCAUUGUAUUGCUGGCUUAUAGUACUUUUUCAGCAGACUUCUUCAUACAAAUAUAUAAACAAAGGUUCAUUAUUUAUUAUAAAUUAUGUGUUUUUUUCUCCUAUAACUAUGGAUGUUUUUUUUCUCCUAUAACUAUGGAUGUUUUUUUCUCCUAUAACUAUGGAUGUUUUUUUCUCCUAUAACUAUGGACUUUUUCAGUAGAGUAAUGAUUUGUUGUGAGUACUUCCAAGCUCUGUCAACACAAUGUUUACAGGGUUGAAAUCCGGAGACUGGGAAGGUCUUAAUAAACAAAAGGGAUGGGAUUCCUGUCCCUGCAAUCAGUGAGGAAGGAAAUGAACUUUUAGAUGGCAUGUAGUGGCAAUGUUGACUGUUAUGGAUUUGUGGUCUGAGUGGCGUAGGCUGGAGGAAAGUGUAGAAAUGUGAAAAAGUAUUAAAAUGCUGGAAAUGCUUACUUCUGGAAUGGUUUUAUACCAGGGUAAGUACACAUGUGCUUCUUUGAAGCCCAAUGGUAUGCUUAAUUUCAUAUUGUGCUGUGGCACUCCAUACCUUUUCAGGUAACAGUUCUUCAAUGAAACUAGAUUGUUGACUUAAGUACAGUUAUCACCAUCAUAACUAUUGUUUUCAUUUAACAAAUCAAUACAGGGUACUCAUGAAUUCAUAUAUUGACCCCCACUAGGACAUGCAUGUAUGGCAGUUGUGUCCAUUACGGUGUUCCACAGCCAACUGACACCAAGUCUGCACUCUCAACAUUUAGCUGCAUAGACCGCUCAUCAAAAUAAUAUAGGCUAGGAAGUCUAGUCGAGAAGUAAAAUUUUGCUUUUGUAUCCAGACUUUUUGCUGAGUUAACUGGUCCACAAUUCAUGUGUUUGUGGUACGCAAACCAAAGAGUAUAAUUGACACACCUGGGUUGAUUUGUAAUGGGUUUUAGGAAUGAUACUGUGCAAUGUUCUUCUAGAUGCUCCUAGUCGGUUUUAUUUUUCUUCGAUGUUACACAAUAUAAUGAAUGUGUUGUAGUACAGGAGGUUGAUCUUUUUAGACAUGUGUUUUCUUGACUGUGAUUAAUGACAUUUGACAAUAUACACACCAGCGGCUGACUGGAGGUCAGCUACAGAAAGCUUUCAAAAUGGGGAGUUAAAAGAAAAUGUCCUCGGUAACUCCUAUGCCUCAAUGUGCUAUGUACUGAAUAUUCUACCUCCAGCUUCACCGUAAAAUAUAUAUAUUGCUGCCACCAGCCCCACAUUGAAAGUCAGUAUUACAGGAUAGCAGUCUCUUAUUUUUCUGCAUCACACUAAACAGAAAUCGCCACAAUUAGUGCCUUUUGUGCCCUUUAGGUCUCCAACCUUGGCUAUUGCUGUUAUCUGUCCCUUCAUCUCACAGCACUUUUCUCAACCUGGUCAUGUCCUUCGGAUGGUUUGAUGGCACACGUGGUGCAUAGUGCUGUAACUACAGCAGAGUUACUGGUUGAAUUCCUACCUUAAAAGGAAAAAAAAGGUUUCUUCACUCGUGUCGAUAAUCCAGAGUAAUACAGAUGUGAAAUGUAUACAACUGCAUCCCGGUGAGAUUUGGUUUCAUGUGGCGAUAUUCAGAUGAACAAUGUGUGUCUACAUUGCUUGCUGUUUGGUGUUUUAGGCUGGGCUUCUGUAUAGCCCUUAGUGACACCUACGGAUGUUAAAAAAAGGGCUUUAUAAAUACAUUUGAUUGGUCUUGAUUUCAUCCAGUCAGAAAGCUGUUCUUUUACCACAGUCAUUUCAAGGAGUUGGCCCAAUGAUUUCAGUCCAUAUUUUGAGUGAAAAAGGUAAAGAUGAAUGAAUCUGUUAUCUAUGUAAUAUGAUUUUCAUCUAUGAUGUAAAUUUGAUUGUUCCCUCUGACAGAACUCAAAGACAAUAUUUGAAGGGUUUGUUUAGUUUCAAUCCAUUCCUCAUAUUUGUUAUUUUUAGUGAAUGACCAUACUACUGUUUUUGGAAAAUUGGUUGUAUGCUCUUUUAUGUAAUAGUUAUACUUAUGGAUUUAAUAAAAUUACUUUACUCAAA